AGAAGUCGUGAAAAAUCAGCCACCUAACUUCUCCUGCCUUCACCUUUGUGACCUCAGUGCCAAAAACCUAGAAGGGCAUAACAUUCUUUGACUUGCUUUCGAACACACCAUAGAAGAACAUGCAACCUCACCUCGUCGUUGUUCUUCUACAUGCCCAGCCACCACCGCCGUCGCGUUUGCUCCACUGUCGUGCGCGCUGCUAUGCGUCAUCCAAACUCCUCUGCUCGGUCGCGUGUUGGAGCCUCCACUCAGCCGCCAUUUUCCUGCCGUUCACCUUCUCAAUUGCCGCUGUGAUUUCCCCAGGUUCAACCAUCUCCAUUGAGAGGCUCGCUAAAGGAGGUCCAAUCGACGACACCGCUCAAGGAGGUCUGAUCCACGACAUAGCUGAAGGAGGUCCGCUUCUCCUUUCCACAAAUCGCAGACAGAUAAUCAUGACACCAAAAGGUAGAGGUGGACGAAUGGUACGAAACACUCAUAUCGAUCAAUCUCAACUUUCCUCGCGUAUGCCAGGUCAACAGAACGAUAAUAACGAUGAACCUCAUCUUACACAAUUGAAUGAGGGAUCAGCAUCACAACCAUCUCCACAAGCUUUAUCACAACCGUCACCACAAUUAGAUGGUGUGAAUUCGUCUGACGGAUCUGUUUUAGACGCAGAAGAUAAUGAGCUACCUAAUGUUGGACAAUCAAGUGCACAUACUGAAACUAGGGGUAACAGGAAGUUGGUAAUAGCUGUAGAGAAAGGCGAUAACCCGAAGAGAUUUACAAAUCAUACAGUAACUCGUGACAUUACAAAAGAUUUGUUAAGUAGGAUGCCUUCUCCAGCACCAAGAUGGCAGGAUUAUUGUCCAAACAUGAAGGACGAGUUGUUUAAAGGUUUCCUGGAAAAACAUGAAUUUGCAUCAAAUUAUGAUAAGGCUAUGGCAAGAACUGUUUGGAAUAGGACAAUGCUUGAUCGCUAUCCAGAUAUUUUGAAAAGAGCAAGGGAAGGUUAUGGCAAGAACUAUUUGGAAUAA